ACCCUAAUUCGAUUACAUUUGCGGCGCUGCAGAACUCUCCUCACUCUCCGGUCGUCUCCAUUCUCGUAUUCUUCCAUUUCCGUGUGAAAAUGUCGCUUGGAGAAACUGCUUGCUCUUACGCCCUUCUCAUCCUUGAAGAUGAUAAAAUUGCCGUCACUGCUGACAAUAUCACCACUUUGUUGAAAAGUGCAAAGGUUGAAGUUGAAUCAUAUUGGCCCAGCCUUUUUGUUAAACUUGCUGAGAAGAAGAAUAUUAAGGAUUUGAUUGCCAGUGCUGCCGGUGCUGGAGCUCCAGGAGCUGUUGCCGCUACUCCACUUGCUGCUUCAGGUGGUGGUGCUGCUGCUGCUCCAGUUGUUGAGGAGAAGAAGGAGGAACCAAAAGAAGAGAGUGAUGAUGACAUGGGAUUUAGCUUGUUUGAUUAGGUUCUGUUUUAAUAUAAUUCAGUCAAUUUUUGCUGUGGUACCUUUAGUUAUCUGAAUAUUAUUCUACAAGUUUUAAGUUUUGUUAUCACUUGUGCUCAUUUGAGGAUUCAAUCAGUUAAAUGUUACAUUAUUCUGUCUUUUCA